GGAGGAAAUCUUGCAGGUAAAGAAGGUUUCUGUCUUUCAUCACUGAUCUUUUGCUUCUUUCUUCACCAGGGAAAUGAGGAUUCUAUGGAGCCAACUCUUGGGUGCAGUAAGGAAACCAUUAAUAUAGGAAGAAGGAAGAAAGAAUCUCAAGGUGAUGAUCUUGCCGAUUCCUGACUUCAUUUACAGAUAAGAAAGGGAAAAAAGUAGCGCCAACUAUCUGCAUUGCAAUUCAACAUCCAUAUCACUAUUGACAUGGAGGAGAAAGCAUUUAAAUGCCUGGAGUGUGGAAAGAGUUUUACUCGGAGGGAUCAUCUGCAGCAACAUGAAAGAACCCACACUGGGAAGAAGCCCUAUAAGUGUCUGGAGUGUGGACAGAGCUUCAGUCAUCGUUCAUAUCUACAUAGACAUCAAACAACACAUACUGGAGAGAAAGCCUAUAAAUGCUUGGAGUGUGGAAAGAUCUUCACUGAGAAUGGAAGUCUUCGACUGCAUGAAAGGACUCAUACUAGGGAGAAACCCUAUGCAUGCCUGGAGUGUGGAAAAAGCUUCACUCGUAAUUCAGGUCUACAUGUGCAUCAAAGAAUUCACACUGGGGAGAAACCCUAUGCAUGCCUGGAGUGUGGAAAAAGCUUCAUUUGUAAUUCAGGUCUAUAUGUGCAUCAAAAAACUCACACCGGGGUGAAACCUUUUAAGUGUUUGGAGUGUGGACUUAGCUUCUCUGAGAAUAGAAGUCUACGACAGCAUGAAAGAACUCAUACUGGGGAGAAACCCUAUAAAUGCCUGCCGUGUGGACAGAGGUUCUCUCAGAAUUCAGGUCUACGACAGCAUCAAAGGAUACAUACUGGGGAGAAACCCUAUAAAUGCCUGGAGUGUGAAAAGAGCUUCACUAACAGUGGAAGUCUACAUAGACAUCAAAGGACUCACACUGGGGAGAAACCCUAUAAAUGCCUGGAGUGUGGACAGAGCUUCAAUAUCAAUGGAAAUCUACGUAGACAUCAAAGGACUCACACAGGGGAAAAAUCCUUUAAAUGCCUGAAGUGUGGACAGAGCUUCAUUGAUAAUUCAAGUCUACAUAGACAUCAAAGAACUCACACUGGGGAGAAACCUUAUACAUGCCUGGACUGUGGGCAGAGCUUCACUCAGGGUUCAAGUCUGCGUUUACAUCAAAGGACUCACACUGGGGAGAAACCCUAUAAAUGCCUGGAGUGUAGUCAGAGUUUCACUCAGGGUUCAAGUCUGCGUUUACAUCAAAGGACUCACACUGGGGAGAAACCCUAUAAAUGCCUGGAGUGUGGAAACAGCUUCACUAACAAUGGAAAUCUACGUGUCCAUCAAAGGACUCACACUGGGGAGAAACCCUAUAAAUGCCUGGAGUGUGGACAGAGCUUCAGUAACAAUGGAAAUCUAUGUAGACAUCAAAGGACUCACACUGGGGAAAAACCCUAUACAUGCCUGGAGUGUGGACAGAGCUUCACUCAUAAUUCAGGUCUACGUUUGCAUGAAAGGACUCAUACUGGGGAGAAGCCCUAUAAAUGCCUGGAGUGUGGAAAGAGCUUCGCUCACAGUGGACAUCUACGUAGACAUCAAAGUACUCACGCUGGGUAGAAACACUAUAAAUGCCUGGAUUGUGGACGACGCUUCACUCGAAUGUGCCUGGAAUGUGGACAGAGAUUCACUUGGGGUUCAAAUCUGCAUUCACAUUAAAGGAUUCACACUGGGGAGAAAGCUGAUACCUGCCUGGAGUGAGGAAAGAGUUUCACUGAGAGUGAACUUCUACCUUCACAUCAAAUUACUCACACUGGGGAGAAACCCUAUAAAUGCCUGGGUUGUGGACGACGCUUCACUCGUAAUUCAAGUCUAUGUUCACAUCAAAGGACCCACACUAGGGAGAAACAGUGAAUGGAGUGUGGAAAGAGCUUCUCUGAGAGUUCAAAGCUACAUAGACAUAGAAUUCAAAUUGGAAAGAGCAGUAGUAUUUGACCCCAGAGAGACUCCCUAAAAGAGAACUUUGCCAACUUUUCAUGUUGCUGACACUCUUUUUAGACAUGCAUCCUUUCGCAAUGGAUGUAUGAUUAAUGAUUUUCGGAAUGGUCCCAGAUUACAAAUAUGGAUGACAUGAUUUUAAUAGUGAUUAUAAUGUUUAUAUAUUUUAAUGUGCAUUUUUCUUCAAAUUUUUAAUUUCUUAAAUUUUAACUUAAAUGUAUUUGUUGCUCUGAAAGACAUCAAAUAGUUGCCAUUUGUAAAGCCGCCUUGAGUCCCCUUCAGGGUAGAGAAAGGCGGGAUAGAAAUAGAGUAAACAAAGAAAUACAACAUGACACUCUUCCAAACCCCCCACCC